UUAAACAAACACAAGUACUCUAAGAACUCACUCAUCUCCUUCUUCUGUCUUUCCCUUCAUAAAUCAUAGAUAACCCACACAUCUUUCUAAAAGUUAGAACAUCCCACACUUCCAAGAACUUAUGUUAAUCAAUUGGGUUCAAAUUCCUCAUUUCUGAACCAAAAACCUCCGUAGAACUGUCAAAUUUUGAUAGAUUAUCCAUCAAAUUAACAAUGAAAGAAGUAGCUAAUCUAAUUCAACGACCCAUUACCCGGCGUUCUCUUUGGAGAUUAUUCAAUCCAUGUAAAAUAACCCAAAAAGUGCUCUACAUUCUGGAGAAAUAUAACCCAAUUGAGCCCCAUCUUGAUCCAGUUGCCCACAUUCUCAAUCCAAGUAUUGUGUCAUCAAUAUUGGAGAAACCUCCAAAUCUUCAAAUGGGUUUUCGAUUUUUCAUCUGGGCAUCGAAGCGGCGGGCUCUCCAAGCUUGGAAGAUGAAUGAGUUGGUUGUUAAUAACAUUUUGGAAAACCACACUGGAUUUGAUCUUUGUUGGGAUACCCUCCAUGAGCUCAAGCAAUGUGGGGUUGAAAUCCCAUCUGAAGCCUUUUUGUUGCUGAUUUCGGGGUAUUGGAAGGCGGGGGAUGCAGAGAAGGCAGUCGAAUCGUUCGGUAAGAUGAAGGAUUUUGAUUGCAAACCUGAUAUAUAUACUUAUAAUGCCAUUUUGUAUAUUAUGGUACAAAAGCAGGUGGUUUUGUUAGCAUUAGCUGUGUAUAAUCAAAUGUUGAAGUACAAUUGCAGUCCUAAUGUAGCUACUUAUAGCAUUUUGAUGGAAUGUUUGUGUAAAAGUGGGAAAAUAAAUGAUGCUCUUUCUCUGUUCGACGAAAUGACCCAGAGAGGGAUAUUUCCUAAUAAUAUAACGUAUACGAUUCUAUUGUCGGGUUUGUGUCGAGCUAAUAGGACUUUUGAUGCUCAAGUUUUGUUAAAUAAAAUGACUAGUAGUGGCUGUCCUCCUGAUUCAAUUACUUGUAAUGCUAUGCUUGCUGGGAUUUGCAAGGCAGGUAGGAUUGAUGAAGCAUUUAUGCUUUUGAAACAUUUUCAAAAUCAAGGGUAUACACUAGGGAUUCGUGGUUUUAGUUGUCUAAUUGACGGCUUGUUUAGAGAUGGGAGGUUUGAGGAAGCUAACAUGUGGUUCCGUAAAUUGUGUGAGGCAAAUGUAACUCCUGAUCUUAUAUUGUACACUAUUAUGAUCCGAGGUUACGCAAAGGUACAGAAGGUCAAGGAUGCUUGGAAAUUUGUUCAAGAGAUGAUGGAUAGAGGUGUGGCUCUAGAUACUCAUUGUUAUAAUACUUUGAUUAAAGGUUUUUGUGAUAUGGGUCUUUUGGAGGACGCACGGUUGCUGAAGCAUGCGAUUUUAGAGAAUAAUUGCUUCCCUGACACGUGGACUUAUACCAUCCUCAUAUGUGGCACUUGCAGAAACGGGAUGGUUGGAGAAGCCAUGCGAUUUUUGGAAGAGAUGGAGAGAGUUGGAUGCUAUCCUUCAGUUAUAACAUUCAAUGCACUCAUUGAUGGGUUAUGCAAGGCAGGGCAAUUUGAGGAAGCGCGUCUCUUGUUCUACAAGAUGGAAAUAGGUAGAAAUCCGUCUUUGUUUCUUCGUCUUUCUCAAGGCACUGACCGUGCAGUGGAUAAAGAAAGCCUUCAAAACUUGAUUGCACGGUUAUGUGAUUCGGGGUUGUAUCUUAAGGCCUAUAGGCUUUUAGCGAAGCUGGCUGAUAAUGGAGUUUUACCUGAUACUACGACUUAUAAUAUCCUCAUAAAUGGCUUAUGCAAGAGUAAGAACUUAAAUGGCGCUUUAAAGAUCUUCAAAGAAUUACAACUCAAGGGACUUACUCCUGAUUGUGUAACCUAUGGAACCCUUAUCCAUGGGCUUUAUAGAGUUGAUAGAGAAGAGGAAGCAAUUGGUUUGCUAAAGGAUAUGAUGAAGAAUGGGUGUUCACCCGAUUCGAAUGUCCACAAAACAAUAAUGACUUGGUUAUGCCGUAAGAAGAAGGUUGCAAUGUCCUUUGGUCUGUGGUUGGAUUACCUUAGGAGCCUUGAAACUCAGGAUGAGGAAGCAAUCAAAUUGAUUGAAGAACAAUUUGGGAGAGGAGAUUUGAAGGAAGCAGUCUGUGGCUUGCUGAAGAUGGACUUUAAGUUGAACAACUUUGAUGUGGGACCAUAUACAAUAUGGCUAAUUGGGCUGUGUCAAGCUCGGAGAGUAGAUGAUGCUUUGAAUGUUUUUAGUGCUCUUCUGGAAUUUGAUGUGACUUUAACUCCGCCAAGUUGUGUGAAGUUGAUAUGGAUUCUCUGCUCACAAUUAAAACUUGAUCAGGCUGUAGAUGUUUUCCUCUAUACUCUAGAAAAGAAAAUUAUGUUAAACCCACCCAUUUGCAAUCAGAUGCUUUGUGCUCUCUUGAGUUCUCAGGCAUAUGUGAAGCAUGCUUUUGAUGUUUUGGGAAAGAUGGAAUCUGUGGGUUACGACCUGGAAAUUCAACUUUAUCGAAGAACCAAGUCGCUCUGGCAAUAUCAUUUAAGUAUACAAGAGGUGGCGAUGGCUAGCUAAAUUUGCCCCUUUGAUGUCACCUGAAUGAAGCAACAAAAGCUGCCGUUUGAAUUGGGGAUGGAGGAACCUUUGAAUAAUUACUCUGCAUUGGUGAAAUCAGUUUGUACCAUGUCAAGAUCUCCUUUUCAGCUGUCACCAAAGAGAAUUGCUUUGCCAACAGUAUGAUAAAAAGAUAUUUGAUGCCAUAUGUUUUGACAUUGUGGGCAGAAAUGCUUGAAAUGUCAGGUGUUUCACAUUUACUUUUGAUAAGCCCUUGAAGUAGGAAGCAAUCUCUAAUGCACGCAAAGUAUGCUUUUGGAAUAUUGCAACGAACUAUUGCCAAGAUGCUGUGAUUUCCCCCUCUAUGUUCUUCUUCUGGAUUUAGCCAGCAAAACUAUUUAUCAAGUACAUAAUGCUUGAUGAUGUGAAUGAUGGCGAGCUGCCAGAAUGUCAGCUUGGCAACUUGCUACUUGCUAGAGACAUUGGAAAUGGUUAAUUUGAUACCAUCCAACCCCAUUGGUAAUACAAGUCGAUUCAGAAUGUCCAAUGUAACAAAAGUCAAAUGUUUUCAGUGUGUUCUUAGAGAGAAACACGAUGUUCAAACGGAAAUGGGCCAAGAUAGUAAUGGUGCAUGUGGUGAGCUCGUGGUAGGUAAACAAGCUAAUCUGUUAGCAGCAAGCACUGGUCUUUUAACUGACAUUGAAGAUCUUCCUCCUUGAUCAUGUAUCAUACUCCAUGAUCUGAGCGGAACAACUUUAAAAGCCCUUGCAUGGAAGUUGGGAUUCACCACCCAUUAACAGCCGAAGUGUUUGCCCUCCACAACGGAUUUCAAGCCUCUAAAUCAAUGGGUAUAACCAAACUCAUUGUGGAAGGAGACAAUAAAGUAUUGAUCAAUAUCUUUAAGCACAAUUUGAACUGCUGCUAGACAAUUGAAUAGCUCGAAGAUAUUCAUUAGUGAUGUGAAAGCUUUCAAAUGAUUCAGUUCAUACACAUUUUCCGCGAAGCAAAUCGAGCCGUUCAUUCCCUCUCAGAAAAGGAUUUCCUAACUUUUUCCUAGCACCCUUCUAGUAAAACCUAAAAAUAAAAGUAUAUCAACACUCUGGAAGGCUUCAGUUAUCACUCUAAGAUGCAAAAGCUUGAAUCUUACAAUUUAUGCUUAGCAAAUGAUAUUGUGAUCUUCUGUCAAGGCAAAAGUAAAUACGCCUUUAUGCUAUUACAAGGGUUCCAGUUCUUUUCUGGUACUAUACUGUGUUGUAAGCAAUUAAAGCUGAAUCUGCUCAUGUAUUACACUGGCAUGGAGAUCUCCAGAGUUCAAACAUUAAGUGAUGCCUUUCGUUUUGUGCUUGGAGUUCCUUGGACGACGUGUUUCAAUCAGUUCUUGUAAACUGUAGAUCGGGCGUGGCUAGUUGAGAAGAUACCAACUUGAAUUGCUGAGCGUGGAAAACUCGCCAUCUCUUUUUAGCUGGCAGGUUACAACUUACAACUCAUAAAUUUAGUGCUCAUGAGUAUGAGUAUAUACUGGCAGUUGGCACAAAUGUUCCUCUUCCUAAAUUUGCUUUCAAGAAGAUAAAGGGAAUAUAUUGCGCUUAUUUAUGG